GACCUGGGCUUCCACAUGCUCAGCUGCGGGCGGACAGAUCUCGUCAGUCAGGCCAUCGAGGCCCUGGGCCCCGACGGGAUCAAUACCAUGGAUGACCAGGGGAUGACGCCGCUGAUGUACGCCUGUGCGGCUGGCGACGAGGCCAUGGUGCAAAUGCUGAUUGAUGCCGGCGCCAGCCUGGAUGUCCAGGUCCCGGCCAGCUCUCCCCGCCACCCGUCCACCCACCCCGACAGCCGGCACUGGACCUGCCUGACCUUCGCCGUGCUGCACGGACACAUCUCUGUGGUCCAGCUGCUGCUGGACGCGGGCGCCCACGUGGAGGGCUCGGUGGGAAGCAGCAGCGAGGACAGUCACGCAGAGACACCCCUGCAGCUGGCCUCCGCGGCUGGGAACUACGAGCUGGUCAGUUUGCUCCUGAGCCGCGGCGCUGACCCCCUCCUCAGCUCGCUGGACGCUGGCGGCAUGGGCUCACCCCUGCACGAGAACAUGAACUGCUUCAGCCACGCGGCCGCCCACGGACACAGGAACGUGCUGAGGAAGCUCCUGGCGCAACCGCAGCAGGUGCGGGCAGACGUGCUGUCCCUGGAGGAGAUCUUGGCGGAGGGCGUGGAGGAGGGUGACGCGGCCAGCCAGGGCGGUGGCGAGGGGUCUGCGAAGCUCAACCGGCCGCGCAUGCGGGCCCUGCAGGAGGCCAUGUUCUACAGUGCGGAGCAUGGCUACCUCGACAUCACCAUGGAGCUGCGGGCACUGGGCGUCCCCUGGAAGCUGCACGUCUGGACCGAGUCGCUGAGGACAUCGUUCGGGCAGGCGCGGCACUCGCUGGUGCAGAGCUUGUUGCGCGACUUCAGCUCCAUCCGAGAGGAGGAGUACGGCGAGGAGCUGGUGCAUGAGGGCCUGCCGCUGCUGUUCGACAUCCUCAAGGCCAGCAAGAACGACUCGGUCACGCAGCAGCUGGCUUCCAUCUUCACGCACUGCUACGGCAGCAGCCCUGUGCCCAGCAUCCCCGAGCUCCGGAAGACGCUGCCGGCCCGGCUGGACCCCCACUUUCUGAACAACAAGGAGAUGUCAGACGUGACCUUCCUGGUGGAAGGGAAGCUGUUCUACGCGCAUAAAGUCCUGCUGGUGACGGCGUCCAACAGGUUCAAGACGCUGAUGACCAACAAGGCUGAGCAGGACGGAGGCGGCAGCAAGACCAUCGAGGUCAGCGACGUGAAGUACCACAUCUUCCAGCUGGUGAUGCAAUACCUAUACCACGGGGGCACCGAGGCCCUGGACAUCCCUGCAGCUGAUGUCCUGGAGCUGCUGUCAGCCGCCAGUCUGUUCCAGCUGGACGCCCUGCAGAGACAUUGCGAGAUCCUGUGCUCGCGGGCGCUCAGCGUGGACAGCGCCGUGAGCACCUACAAGUACGCCAAGAUCCACAACGCCCCGGAGCUGGCCCUGUUCUGCGAGGGCUUCUUCCUGAAGCACAUGCGGGUGCUGCUGGAGCACGACGCCUUCCGGCAGCUCCUCCACGGCCGCAGCAGCAAGGUGCGGGGCCUGGACCCGCUGCGCGGCCUGCAGAGCGCCCUGGAGGCGCGCGUGCACUCGCUCUACGUCUCCUCCCGUGUGUGA